GCAGCAGCAGCAGCGGCGGCGGCAUCGCGGCGCACUGCGGAGCGGAGCGGUCGGUGGACCCGGUGCUUUCCCUCCGGGCCCGUUUAGCCGAGCAGCGAUGUGACCCCCGGGGAGUCGCCAUGGCCGUGCUCGCCGGAGGGGCCUGGCAGCCCCCCGCAGCCCACGGGGCGGAGGAGGAGAGGACGGACCCCCCCGCGCCGCUCCCAGCCCGCUGCAGAUGAGAGCCCCCCGCCCAGGAGCAGCCGUGACUCACUAAUGAGGACUUUGAAAAAUAAAUUGAGUCAGUCCAUUUUUGUGAGCCCAGGUGCUCGCGGGACGCCGGCGAUCGCUGUGCGCUGAGGCCGGCACAAAGACAUGAGUGGCAGCACGAGCCAGCGCGCCGCCGCCCUGGGGGUCCUCUUUGCCCUGAUCAUGUUGCUGAUCAUCUACAGCUCCGGCAGCGGGAGCGAGGUCUUCCCCUACAGCCGCCUGCGGGGCAGAGCCCGCCGGCCCCCCGACCUCAAGAAGUGGGGGGUGAAAAGCGGGUACCUGCCCGUCUGCGGGAACAAGACCCUGACUGCCCGCUGCCACCAGUGUGUCAUCGUCACCAGCUCCAGCCACCUCCUGGGCACCCACCUGGGCACGGCCAUCGACGGGGCCGAGUGCACCAUCCGCAUGAACGACGCUCCCACCACCGGCUACGAGGUCGAUGUGGGCAAUAAGACCAGCUUCCGCGUGGUGGCCCACUCCAGCCUCUACCGUGUCCUCAAGCGGCCCCAGGAGUUCGUCAACAAGACCCCGGAGACCAUCUUCAUCUUCUGGGGGCCGCCCGCCAAGAUGCAGAAGAGCCUCCUGAAAAUCAUCCAGCGCGUCAGCGCCUCCUUCCCCAACAUGACGGCCUAUGUCGUCUCCCCCGGCCGCAUGAAGCAGUUUGAUGACCUGUUUCGGGGGGAGACAGGGAAGGACAGGGAGAAGUCACGCUCGUGGCUCAGCACCGGCUGGUUCACCAUGGUGAUCGCGGUGGAGCUGUGUGAUGCUGUCCACGUCUACGGCAUGGUGCCACCCAACUACUGCGGCCGCCGGCCCCCGCCCCGCCGCCUGCCCUACCACUACUACGAGCCGAAGGGCCCCGACGAGUGCACGACCUACAUCCACAACGAGCGGAGCCGCAAGGGCAACCACCAUCGCUUCAUCACCGAGAAGCGGGUCUUCGCCAGCUGGGCCGGCCUCUACAACAUCACCUUCUCCCACCCCACCUGGCCCUAGGGGCUGCCCCCCACCCCGAGCCGGGCAGACCCCUGGAGCUGGGAUGGAUGGGGGUUCCCCUGCAUCCCCCUGGGAGCGGGGAGCAGUGGGAGCCAGGCAUCGGAGUGCCUCCCACGGGACCACCGCCGUUGUGCACGGUGGCUCCUCGCACCUGGGAUGUGUUGGGGUUUGAGCUCUUUUUUGGGGGGGCCAGGUGGUGAGUGCAGGGUUUGGGGUGUCAUCCCCCCCGCCUUCCAUGGGCGGGAGGCGUGGGGGUGAGAUCCUUCCCGAUCCUGGUCCAGGGGCGUUGCAGCCCCUGCGAGCACAUGGGGUGGGGGGGGCCGGGUCCCCUCAGCUCAGUUGGGGGUUGCAUCACUUUUGGGGCCACUGCAGAGACUGUUUCUCCCAGCCUCCUGGGUGGGGGGACCCCUCUUGGGGCUCAGCUCCCCUCUGCCAUCCCCAGCACCCCGAUCCCGGUCCACAAGCAUCCUUCCCUCCGCAGAACCCUGCAGUGUUUUGUGGGACCCCAUGGGGGUGACACUACCACCCUCAGUUCCCCGGCACCCCAAAAACACCUGGCCCUUCCCAGCACUGCUGUGCCCCACACCCACACUGCCAGAACCUUUUCUAACUGACUGACGGGAUUUUGGGGGGUUUUUGGGGGCUUUUGGUUUUUUCCCCCCUGCUUCUGGUCCUGGGGUUUGUAUUUGGGUUCCCCGGCCAAAGGAGCGAGCGGGGGCUGCUCGUUAGUGGUAACGAAGGGGCCAGCAGCAGCCUGUGACUGGGUCCUCAUCAUUUAUUAACCGCUUAUAAACUAUUUAGAAGCGGGCAUGUAGCGGGGGGGUUGGCAGUGCUCCUCAGCACCCUGCGGCUGGGGGGUGGAUUUUGUUAUUAAUUUCUCAGCAGCGGAGAAGUGGGUUUGGGGAAAACAGCUAAAUACGGUGUGUUUGGGUGCUGAGCCCCGGCAGGGCUCAGUGCCUCAGUUUCCCUCAGGCUGUGGCCCGUCCCCAUUGCGGCUGGGGCUUUGGGGACUCGGUGCCAGAGGAAGCCAAAGGGCACCCACAUUUUGUAAUGGUUUGUACAGGAAUAAAUAUUGCUGCAGUCUGUUGCCUUGGG